GUCACAGAGCCCAAAAGCAAAACAGGCCCAAAAAGAGCAACAAUGGUGGUUAAGGUUUGAAACAGAGAAAAUUGGGGAAAUUUCGAAAUCGUACAGAGGAUUUGACGAUUUGCUAUUGAAUUCAUCAACCGAUUGCGUCAAGUAAAUCAUAGAGGCUUGGAUUUGAGCACUCCCUUUGAUUUUCCCGGUGAACGAUCGAAGAUGAACGCGGUGUCCAAUUCCGAUAUCAAUUUCAGCGAAGAGAACGCCGGUGGAAGCGACACUGACAGCAUCCCCGAGGAAUCACCGGAAUACUACGAGCCACUAUCUAAUGGCGCCAUCGAGGACGAAGAAGAAGAUUCUUCAGAUAACGAGGAGAGGCACGUAGAGAACGGAAUCAGUUAUCUGGAUCUGAGCAAGGAAGAGGACGAGGAAGAAGAAAAAGAAGAAGAGGAGGAAAGGAUGAGGAGAGAGGCGAUGCAGAGGGCGUUUAGAGAGGAUGAAAGGCGUCGGAGUGCUCCUUUGACGCAGGAGAAUACGACCAGAGUCAUGGAGGCCAUGCGGGGGAUAUCCUUCCGAGGAUUGCCUCCGGAUUGGGCGGCUCAGGAUCAUCGCUGGAUGGAUCAGCUUGCAGCUAUUAGACAAUCGCCAUCUUCGUAAGUUAAACAUUAUCUGUCUCAUUUAUUGACUGUAUUUUUGGUGCAUUUUGGUCAUAAUAAAAAAAUACCAUACAGCUUUUUGUUGACUUGCUUCACUUGAUUGAAGCCUUUAAGUUAAGGGCA